AUGGAGGUGGUGAGGGCGGCGGCGGUGAUGGUGAUGGUGGUGGUGGUGGUGUUGGUGGUGGUGUUGGAGGAGGAGGAGGAGGACGAGGAGACGUUGCUGCCGCUCAAAGACGGUCUUGGACAAGAGCUGUGGGACGGUGGAGAGCAGAGCAGAGCAAUAGGGCAGCUAAAGUCUGCUAGCUUGCCUGCUCGUACACACUCCUGCGUUGCUCACGACUCUGCGCGCCACUCGCUCCCUCGCUCGCCGACGACGACUGAUGAUGAUGAUGAUGAUGAUGAUGACAGCGGCGGCAGCGCAGCGCAGCCUGGGUCCGGUCCUUCGUGCACUGCGACUCCUCUCGCACAACAGCAGCAGCAAAGCAACGACACGGGCAACAGGGCGACAGGGCGACAGGGCGACAGGGCAACAGGGCGACGGAGCGUAGGGCCAGGGUGCAGGUGGACCGAAGCUGUGGAAGAGUCAAACAGCGAACCUAAAAAGCCUCUUUCUGCAGCGCACGAGGUCAGCAGCAUUGGAGGUACCUUUCACAUCUCACAUCACCAUCCCCGACGGCUGAUCCCAAGGUACAGUGGCGGUAUCUAG